AUGAAGCAAGCGGCGAUCCACACCAAGGCAGAAUAUUUCAACUCCAAAUCCGAGCCUUCGGCUCGGCAGGGAUCACCAUACCCUCCAAGAAAGAUUGACGAGCCUUCGGCAUGGCACAAGCAAAAGGAUGACCGUGAUAAUCGGCAAGGAAGUUCAAAGAAGGGACAAGGAAAAUACGAUCUCAAUGACCACCAAGCACCAUUGCCGAACCACGAUCGCACGCAAGAAGUCUUUACUUCGUUGAACAUGACCUAUGAGGCAGUCUUGAUGAAUGAAAACGAGAUAAUACCCAAGCCAAAUAACCGAAAGCCCAAUCGGCAGGACAAUCGGGAUACGGGUAAAUUCUGUCGAUACCAUCAGCAUAACAGUCACAACACCGAAGACUGCAUAAGCCUAAGGAAGAUCGUUGAGAGAUUGAUUUGGGAUGGAAAGCUGGAUCAAUAUAUUGCUAGACCUCAGCAGGCACCAGUUCCGAACGCGAACCGACAGAUCAACAUGAUCAGCACCAUCAGCAGAGGUCCCACUUUGGUGGGAUCAUCAAAUUGA